AUGGCACCUAAGAAGAUUGAACCAAAGAAACCUGAGCCCAAAAAGCCAGAGCCUAAGAAAGAUGCUCCUACAGCGGCUAAACCAGCUCCAGAGCUACUGCCCGAGCCACCCAAGGAGCCUGCGUUCGAUCCCAAAAGCAUCACUCUUGAGUACAAUGCCGACCAGAUUGAGGAGUUCAAGGAAGCCUUCACCUUGUUUGACCGCACACCGACUGGAGAUAUGAAGAUCACAUAUGGCCAAUGCGGAGAUGUGAUGCGAGCUCUGGGUCAGAACCCUACCAACGCAGAUGUGCUCAAAGUGCUCGGAAAACCAGGGCCAGAGGACAUGAGCACUAAAAUGGUGGAUUUUGAGACCUUCCUGCCAAUGCUGCAACAUAUCUCCCGUGCAAAAGAUCAAGGCAACUUUGAGGAUUUUGUGGAGGGGCUGAGGGUUUUUGACAAGGAAGGCAAUGGCACCAUCAUGGGAGCAGAGCUGCGUCAUGUGCUGGCGACACUGGGAGAGAGGAUGACAGAAGACGAGGUGGACAGACUGAUGGUUGGGCAGGAGGAUACCAAUGGGUGUAUCAACUAUGCCUCCUUUGUUAAGCAUAUUCUCUCUGGAUAAGCGUGACAUUUAACCAUGCAGACUUUACCUACGUUUUGUUCAAUUUCUGGAUCCUUGCUAAACAUUUUGUGCAUUUAGAGGUGAUCAUGUCACUUAGUGGGUGACAUUAUUAGUAUGUCAAGAGCAGCAAUUACUGUUCAAUGCAAAAAAGUCCGCUGCAAAACCUAUGAUAAGUUAUUUUUAAUAAGCACUCUGAAGUAUUAUAAAAUGCCAGUGAGAUAAUAUAAAGAAAAACUCUACUAAUAAAGAAAAUAUAA